UAUGCUGGAAUAUAUAAAGGGCGGAGAAUUAAAAACCAAGUCUAUAGACUUGCUUGAACUUGGACCUAGUACUGAUGUUGACACCUUGGUGGAAGAGAUACAGAAAGCAGAACCCUUACUCACAGCUUCAAGAACUAAUCAAGUAAAACUCUUGAUAAAGAGACUGCAAACUAAACUUGCACAGCACACCAACCGCAAAUUCUAUCUUUUUAAGGUUAUCAGAGCACACAUACUGCCAUUGACUAAUGUUGCGAUUAAUAAAUCAGGCUCAUGCUUUAUCACAGGGAGCUAUGAUCGGACAUGCAAAGUCUGGGAUACUGCUUCUGGAGAGAAGCUCCAUACUCUGGAAGGGCACAAGAAUGUGGUCUAUGCCAUAGCAUUCAACAAUCCCUAUGGUGACAAAAUUGCCACUGGGUCUUUUGAUAAGACCUGUAAACUAUGGAGUGUAGAAACAGGAAAAUGUUACUAUACAUUUCGUGGCCAUACAGCAGAAAUAGUGUGCUUAUCAUUCAAUCCUCAAAGCACAUUGGUAGCUACAGGAAGUAUGGACACAACAGCCAAACUAUGGGACAUUCAGAGUGGACAGGAACUAUUCUCCUUAAUGGGACAUUCAGCUGAAAUUAUCUCCUUGUCCUUUAACACAUCAGGAAACAGGAUCAUCACAGGGUCUUUUGAUCACACAGUUGCAGUGUGGGAUGCAGAUACUGGAAGGAGGGUCUAUACCCUAUUUGAGCAUUGUGCAGAAAUCAGCAGUGCCUUAUUCAACUGGGAUUGCUCUCUUAUACUAACCAGCUCUAUGGAUAAAACCUGUAAGCUGUGGGAUGCUACAAAUGGAAACUGUAUAGCAACAUUAACAGACCAUGAUGAUGAAAUACUAGAGAGCUGUUUUGAUUAUACUGGAAAGCUUAUUGCAACGGCAUCAGCUGAUGGAACAGCAAGAGUUUUCUGUGCAACCACAAGAAAACGCAUUGCCGUAUUGGAGGGCCAUGAGAGUGAAAUUUCAAAGAUUUCUUUCAAUCCCCAAGGGAACCGUCUACUAACUGGCAGUGCUGACAAAACAGCAAGACUCUGGGAUGCUCACACGGGUAAAUGCCUCCAGGUUUUUGAGGGGCAUAUGGAUGAGAUCUUCUCAUGUGCUUUCAACUAUACAGGCGACAUCAUCAUUACAGGCAGCAAAGAUAAUACGUGUAGAAUAUGGCGUUGA